UUCCGCUGUCGGACGGAAAUUGAAGACGCGCACAGUUCCGUAAACGAGCAGAGUGGUGUGUAGUAAAAACAAAAACACUUCUUUUCUACUUCUGAAAACACUUUUUGGGAAUAUUUCUUCGUAUUAUUUUAUUGUGUUGUUGCCAUGGAGAUGGAGCGCAGCAGAUCUCGCGACAGAGCAGGCAGAGAUAAAAAACAGGAGAAGAAGAAGAAACGGAGACGGUCCUCCUCUUCUUCUUCUUCUUCUUCAUCUUCUUCAUCCAGCAGCAGGAGUCGAAGCAGAUCGUCAAAUAAAACUUCACACAAGAGUCAAGAUGUGAAAAAAACACAAAGAAAGAAACGAAGAAGAAGCUCCUCAUCUUCCUCAUCAUCAUCAUCCUCUUCCUCCUCCUCCUCGUCUUCCUCGUCAGGCGAUGAGAAGUCAAAGAAGAAGAAAAGUAAAGCCAAGAAAAAGAAGUCAAAGUCGAAGAAGAAGAAGAAGGAGGAGGCGAAGCUGAAGAAACAGAAGAAGAAGGAGAAGAAGAAGAAGGAGAAGCUGCUGAAGAAGGAGAAGAAGAAGAAAGCAGAGGUGGUGUUGUUCACUCCUCCUCCUCCUCUUCCUCCUCUUCCUCCUCCUCCAUCUUACCUGGAGGUGUGGCAGAGCGAUGAGGGGGCUGUGGAGCUCGGACCAGCGAUGACAGACGAGCAGAAGGCCCGACUCUCCACCAAGAGGCCCCUCACCAAAGAGGAGUACGAGGCCAGGCAGAGCGUGAUCCGCAGGGUGGUCGACCCGGAAACAGGACGCACCAGGUUGGUGAGAGGAGAAGGCGAGAUCAUCGAGGAGAUAGUCAGCCGAGAAAAACACAAAGACAUCAACAAGCAAGCCACCAAGGGAGACGGCAACGCCUUCCAGAAGAAGCUGGGAACCAACCGGUAGACGAGGAGGAGGGGGGGGGGGGGGGGGGGUCGCUCUAAUCCAGGAAGUCGACGCUGAAGAGAGCAGCAUGGACGACACGACUUCAUGUUGCCUGUGAUCGAACAGAAUAAUCAGGACGCGUACUGUCCAGCUGAAAGUUAGCGUCUCCUACUGGUUUACAUUUUUAAUCACACAGCAGAGAAGCAGAGGAGUUCAUGUGUGGCCUCAAUCGUUUGCACAUUUUGAUCUUCUCACUCAUUCCUGCUCGUUUAUUCUGUCCAUGAUUUGAAGAUCGAGUGAGUUAAACACCACUUUUUUUUUUUUUUUUUUUUACACAUUAUGUCUCAUAACUUGUUUCUUUUUUUUGGAUCUCUGAAUAAAUCUGCAUUUGUGAGAGCUGA